AUGGUUUUAUGUAAUAUCGAAUGUUUAGAAAAAGUAGCGCAAUAUUUAGAUGUUCCUUCAGGAAAAUUACAGUUCUCUGACAAGAACAUACUGCUUGACUUAGAAAAUAAGGAAAAUACAUCAUCUAUCCAAGGAUUUAACACCAUUGUACAAGCGCUUGCAAGAAAUUCAAAAUAUGCUGAUAUACUCGGCAAAGAAAAAGAAACAAAAGCUCGAUCGCAACAAUGGUUAGAAUAUGUCACAGUCUGUGUCAAUCAUGCAGAUUUCCCUCUUAAUGCCAAGAGAGUAUUGAAUGAAUUAAAUGCAGCAUUAAUAGAUGUCACAUAUUUAGCUGGCACUGAGAAGACCAUUGCAGAUAUUACACUUUAUUAUAUUCUUCAUUCAAUAAUGAAAGAAUUAAGUUAUCAAGAAAAGGCACAAUAUGUUCACGUGUCCAGAUGGUUCGACAAUGUUCAGCAAGAAGAAAGGCUGAGACAAAAAUUGGAUUUAAUCUCCUUUGAUUUAAUGCACAUAUUCCUAUAA